AUGGCAUCAGCAAUGGACCACCUUGGAAGCUCUACUCGAAUUCAAUGGCUAUCUAACCUGAAUACCGAAUUCACUCCUACUAAGAACUAUCGGCGUACAUCCAUCAUCUGCACGAUUGGUCCAAAAACAAAUAAUGUAGAAGCCUUGAAUAAACUCCGGAAAGCUGGACUAAAUGUUGUUCGGAUGAACUUCUCCCAUGGAUCUUAUGAAUACCAUCAGUCUGUCAUUGAUAACACACGAGAAGCUGAAAGGGUUCAAAAAGGACGCCAGGUUGCUAUUGCCUUAGACACCAAGGGUCCAGAGAUCCGAACAGGAAAUACCGUAGAUGAUGUGGAUAUCCCCAUUGCUGCUGGCACAGAAAUGAACUUCACAACCGAUGAGAAAUAUGCCAGUAUUUGCGAUGAUAAAAAUAUGUACGUUGACUACAAGAACAUAACCAAAGUUAUUGAGCCCGGCCGUAUUAUUUAUGUCGAUGAUGGAGUUCUUGCGUUUGACGUUUUAAAGAUCGUUGAUGAACAAACUAUUCAUGUCCGAUGCCGUAAUAACGGCAAGAUAUCCUCUAAAAAAGGUGUUAACCUACCUAACACUGAUGUCGACCUCCCCGCUUUAUCUGAGAAAGAUCAGGCCGACCUUCGAUUUGGUGUGAAGAAUAAUGUCGAUAUGAUCUUUGCUUCUUUCAUUCGACGUGGCGAGGAUAUUAAGCAUAUUCGCGAAAUUCUCGGCGAAGAAGGAAAACAUAUUCAAAUUAUUGCCAAAAUUGAGAACAGACAGGGUCUUAACAAUUUUGCUGAAAUCCUCAAGGAGACUGACGGUGUUAUGGUUGCCAGAGGUGACUUGGGUAUCGAGAUACCAGCUGCAGAAGUUUUCGCAGCACAAAAGAAGGUGAUUGCCAUGUGCAACAUUGCCGGAAAGCCAGUUAUAUGCGCGACGCAAAUGCUCGAGUCCAUGAUUUACAACCCACGUCCAACCCGUGCUGAAAUUAGCGACGUUGGAAAUGCUGUCAGCGAUGGUGCUGACUGUGUCAUGCUAUCAGGAGAAACUGCCAAAGGUAACUACCCAAACGAAGCCGUCAGUGAAAUGCAUGAAACAUGCUUGAAGGCUGAGAACUCGAUUGCAUAUGUCUCCCACUUUGAGGAGCUAUGUAGCCUAGUUGACCGACCUGUCAGCAUCACUGAAUCGUGCGCAAUGGCUGCUGUGCGAGCUUCUCUUGAUAUGAACGCGGGUGCAAUCAUUGUGCUUUCGACAAGCGGUUUGAGCGCUCGUCUACUCUCGAAGUAUAGACCAGUUUGCCCUAUAUUUAUGGUCACUCGGAACGCUAACGCCUCUCGAUACGGUCAUUUGUAUCGUGGAGUCUAUCCCUUCCUCUUUCCUGAGGUAAAGCCAGACUUCUCCCACGUCAACUGGCAGGAAGAUGUUGAUCGCCGAAUCAGAUGGGCUAUAGUGGAAGCCAUGAAACUCAAGGUCUUAGCAGAGGGUGAGACUGUAGUCGUGGUCCAGGGAUGGAAAGGUGGAAUGGGUAAUACCAACACACUUCGAGUGAUUAAAGCAGAGGAAAAUCUAGGGCUUGGCAACUUGGAAUAA